AUGCCUCCGCGCAAGUCCACGUCGUCAAUGACCCCUGCUGACGAAGGCGACUCCCUACAAAUGUCACCACAGCAGACGACCGAGAAGCCCAUCACAGCGACAGAGCAACAGAUCAAGGCACGAGCAGAGGCCGGCGUAAGCGUCGAUGACUACCUUCUCCCUCGUUCCCUAACAAUCCGCCUCGCUAAAGCAGUGCUCCCGCCCAACACGACUAUCCAAAAGGACGCCGUGCUCGCUAUCCAGAAAGCAGCCACCGUUUUCAUCUCUUACCUCUCAUCGCACGCCAACGACGCGACUCUAAAACGCACCGUCGCCCCAACAGACGUCUUCAGCGCGCUCACAGAACUCGAAUUUGAUUCCUUCCGCGCUCGCCUCGAACAAGAACUCGAAGCCUUUACUGAGAACAAAGCUGGCAAGCGCAGGGCCAAGAAGUCCGACGUCAAUGGCGACACCGCUGUCGGUGCCGCGAAGGGUAAUGAUGAAGAUGCUGAGAUGACGGAGAACCCCGCGAAGAAGGCGAAGCGGGAUGAUAAUGUUGAGGUUGUUAUUGGGGUAGACGAUGGAGAUAGAGAUGGAGAUGAGACGCAGGAGGAGGAGGUGGAGGAGGAAGAGGGUGAGGAGGACGAUGACGAAGAUGAGGAGGAAGAGGAGGAAAAGAGAGUUGAGGAGGAUAUUGAUCGGGUUGAGGACUUGGAUGGAGGGUCUAGGCCUAUGGAUCCGGAUGCUGAUGAGACGGACGACGAUGAUGGUCCUGGUAGUCAGUUGCACAAUGAUCUUGGAUUGGGUUAA